UAAAAUGCUUUUGUUCAAUGGCGCUGUGUUAUGCAUCAUGGUAUAUGCGUGUCUUGCGCAAGACACCUCCCUGGAUAACCUAAUUGCGGAUAUAUUUAAAACAGGCGAAUCAUCGACAUCUGCAACACAAAUCACUGGAAGCGAUGUUGUUACUGCUCAACCAACUCGUUCAUCGAGCUCCUCAGGCCAGUAUCAGUCCUGUGGAGACCAAAAGGAAUGCGUGCCUCGAUGGUUGUGCACAAACAACACAAUAAAUACCAGUGGAGAAAACAUAAUUGACAUCCGAAUUGACACUGCAGCACCGUGUAAAAACUAUUUGGAUCUAUGUUGUGAUCUUUCAAACAAGAAAGAUACAACUGAUACCCCAAUAACACAACCUGAUGCAGCAAAAGGCUGUGGAUACCAAAAUCCAAACGGUAUCGGCUUUAAGAUAACUGGAGCUGUUAACCAAGAAGCAGAGUUCGCGGAAUUCCCUUGGAUGGUCGCCAUUUUGCGGGAAGAAGCUCAACUAAACUUGUAUGAGUGUGGAGGGGCUUUAAUCGCGCCAAAUGUGGUUUUAACAGCAGCUCACUGUGUCCAUAACAAAGAGCCAAACUCAAUUGUUGUGAGAGCAGGCGAAUGGGACACUCAAACAAAAAAAGAAAUAAUACCACAUGAGGACCGUUAUGUGAAAGAAAUAGUUUAUCAUGAACAAUUUAAUAAGGGGGCACUUUACAACGAUGUUGCAUUGCUAUCGCUUGAAAGUUCGUUUACCUCUCAGGAGAACAUACAGCCAGUGUGUUUGCCAAGUCCCGGGGAUAUAUUUGACUAUGAACGUUGCUUUGCCACUGGCUGGGGUAAAAACAAAUUUGGAAAAGAUGGCGAAUAUCAAGUCAUUCUAAAAAAGGUUGAUUUGCCUGUUAUGCCGAAACAACAAUGCCAGUCGAACUUGCGCGAAACUCGCCUGGGAAAGCAUUUCAUAUUGCAUGAAAGUUUUAUAUGCGCAGGCGGCGAAAAAGAUAAGGACACUUGCAAGGGUGAUGGGGGCUCUCCAUUAGUGUGCCCCAUUAAAGGCGAGCAAAAUCGGUUUAAGUCAGCUGGCAUAGUCGCUUGGGGAAUUGGUUGUGGAGAAGAAAAUAUCCCCGGAGUUUACGCAAACGUUGCUAGCCUAAGAUCAUGGAUAGACGAAAAAUUAAAAGUAUGGCAAAUAAAUCCAAAAUAUUAUACACCUUAAGAAAAAGUGUAAGAAAAUCAUAAAUGGAUAAAAGUACUCCUAAAAAAUUGUAUAUGCAUAUUGAUUCAGUACGAAUAAAAUUAUAAUUUUGCAAACUUUUAA